CUCCACAUGUGGAGCUACUGUUGAUCUCAUACAGUAUGUAGCGGCUGUAGACGACACAUCACAUGGAUACUGUCUGUGGACUCUGGUAAAGGGAGCAGCUGGAACUAUCAUAACCCUGCUAAGAAAGACACAGCUACCAUUGAGGAGCCAUGGCCUCCCUUGGACAGAUCAUCUUCUGGGGGUGAGACCUCUAUUCAAUGUGUAUUUGUUAGUUGAGGCCCAGCAACAGUUGUGCUUCUUAUCACCAACAAGUGCAUAGUGAGAUGAAUUUAUCAUUGGAUAUCGUGAUAUUCAAUUGACUUGGAAAGGUCUUGAUAUCCCCCCCACAUCUCCAUUUGCAGCCUAAUAGUCAGUAUCUUCGUAACUGCUGGACUCAUCAUCCUCAUCUUGUCUGUGUCAUUUUCAGGUAUGUAGUGAGCAUAUAUAUUCACUUGUGUCACCAUCAUUGUCAAUAUUCUUGACAUGUCUCUGUUAACAUGUAACAUGUAUUUGAGCAUAUGUGAGAGUGCAUGUGUACCUGUGUGCGUUUGCCAGUGUGUGUGUGUAACUAUAGUGCCUACGUACUGCACACAUCUCUGUGUAUGUGAAUUAAGCCUCCUGUAUGUUGUGUUCUGUUUUGCUGUGUGCUGUCCUCUAGGUCAGGGUUUGGGGGGUUCCAAGGGCACUGUGGAUAGCAUUGACAAGUGGCCCAUUGGGAACUUGGGGGAAGAUGUCAUCCUGAGCUGCAAGUUCAAGACUUCCACUAACAGCAGGGAAUCGACCAGUCAGGUUUCAAUCACCUGGACGAAGGAGGGGCUAAGUGAGGUGGUGUACAAGUACGAUAAAGGAGCAGUCCAGCUGACGGAGCAAAACCCCCAGUUUAAAAAUAGAACCCUGCUGUUCUCAGACGCCAUAGGUGGAGGCAAUGCCUCUCUGUUGCUGAGGGACGUGAAAGUGGGAGACAAGGGGGUGUACUACUGCAGUGUGAGCACUGCUAGUUGCUCGGGGACUGCCAGUGUUCACCUCAGGGCUGCAGGUAAGGAGACAACUUGUUAGGCAUUCUCAAUAUUUCACACUGAAUAUUGAACUACACACAAAGUAGCCUACUCUGAAAAUAUGCUUCACUUCAGCUUUCUCAGACCCCAAAUUCAAGCGGGUAAACAGUACCCUGACGGCAGAGGCAGAGAGAUGGUUCCCCAAACCAAACGUCACCUGGUUGGACGUCAAUGACAACGUCCUGAGCAAGAGUGAAACUAGCUUCUUCAACAACUCUGCCGGGAUAACUCGAUUCAUCAGCUCCCUUCAGCCAAUCGAAUUGUAUGAUAGCUACACCUGCAUCAUCCAAAACCCUCUGGUGAAGGCUGUCUCCCAGGCAACCGUCAAAGGUCCAGUAAGCACCUUUCAGGGCAAAGAAAAUACUAUUUUAUACUGAGCAAAUACCUGGAUGAGAACUGCAUGUUAGACAACUCUCACCCAGUUUAAAAACUUUUACAAAAGUUAAGUCACUCACUCAGGUGAGGACACCUACACCCUCUUCAGUCUAUUUCACCAUGACAACCCGGCCAACCAUGAAAGCUAAACAAAAAAUAAAGAUACAAUUAAAGUGGCAUUUAACCCUACCACUGACUGGGAGCUCUCUAUGACUUAACUAACAUUAGUAAUUGAGUACAAAACAUUAAGAACACCUGCUCUUUCCAUGACAUAGACUGACCAGGUGAAUCCAGGUGAAAGCUAUCCCUUAUUGAUGUCACUUUAAAUAAAGAUUUUUAAGCCUUGAGACAAUUAAGACAUGGACAAGACAGGGUGAAUGGGCAAGACAAAACAUUUAAGUGUCUUUGAAUGGGGUAUGGUAGUAGUUGCCAGGCGCGGUUUGUGUCAAGAAACACUGCUGCAGGGUUUUUCACGGUCAACAGUUUCCCGUGUGUAUCAAGAAUUGUCCACCACCUAAAGGACAUGUAGCCAACUUGACACAACUGUGGGAAGCAUUGGGAGUCAACAUGGGCCAGCAUCCCUGUGGAGGGGGGGGGGGGGGGGGGGGGGGGGGGGGGUCCUAAUGUUUGGUAUACUCAGUGUAUGUUUGGCAGUGUGCAUACUGUAGAGUCAGCAUCUUUUUUUAAAUUACAGAUACAGAGAUAUCAGCAAGGACUUUCUUCUCCUUCAAUACUUCAGCUGCACCGCCGAUACUACUACCUCAAUGGCACGUCCUCGCAGCUACAGCCAGUGUCUUUCUCUGGAUCUACCAGCUAACCUGAUAAACACAUACACACCAACUACUCCUCAUAGCCUACAGACAAGGUU